AUGUCCAAAGAGAGCAACAAGCCGUCCCCAGCAAGCAGUUCGAGUUCAUUAGAGAUCGCGUCGCCUGGACGACCAACUACUCAGCGUGUGUACCACUCGUCAGCCACCGCAAAACUAGACCUAAGCAUCCGCAGUCGCACACCGAGCAGAAGCGAGAGCUCGGACAGGUCACCGGAUCUCUCACUCGCGGCGCAUCCACCCAGCAGCUCAACUCCGGAUGUCCAACUGUUUGCUAGCACUCAACCCGUUUCGUCGCCACCUGUUAGUGCCACACACAGGAUCGUGUCAACAACUGAUAGUAAUACUAGUGAUCAGGUCUCGAUGACGGCAGAUAGAGACACGGAUGCUAACAGAGAAGAUGUCGUUUGUAAUGAAGCCGUAGGCACUAGGGAACGAGGCGACAACACCACAGACGGUGACAUCCAUACGACUGCAUCAGACCGUGAUGCUAACCUUGAUCAUAGUGCAAAUGCCAUGCAUGUUGACCAUGUACUUUCAACUGGUCACCAAGAGAUGAAGGAAAUCCGUGAGGAAGACGACAUGAUGCCUACCCAAAAUACACCAGUUUCACCCAGCAAGCACAUUGACAGUACGGAAAUUUCUCCUGCUGUUGUUGAAUCACCUACUCAGACAGCAGUAUCUGUGGUUUACAUUCAGCUUCAGCGUCAGCCAUUGGAAGAAAAUGUAGAAAUUCAGAACAGGUAUAAGACCGAUUCCAGCACGAACUCUCAUGAAACUGAUCAAGCAGCUCAUGUUUAUACACAUCGAGAAAUCAUUACAGUUCGUCAGGAGAGCAUUCCUCAUAUAAACCUACAGAGUGACACGCCUGGUGUGGAUGAGACUACACAGAGCGAUGAUGAAAACACUCCAAAUCAGACAGAUGAUCAACUCGAUUGUGCUCACCAAGCCAGUACCGAUGUAGCAGCAACAGAGAGCUUAACAGAAUCGGCUGCUGAGAUGAUGCAUAAUGCUGACCCUGAUGGACCAGCAAAAUGUCGACUUGUAUCUAGCUAUGAUUCUGCAACUCAAAAAGAUAGUCAUCACCUCACCAGGACACAAUCGAUUAUUCAGAAGGCUUCUACGAUUCCUGUGGUAAAUGAUGUGAGAGAAAUUUCACAUCAGUUACAAGUUCCUGUAUCUGAUGCUCAAGUUAAUGAAAAUUCACUGAACAAGCAGGAUGAGAGCAUUGAUGAGCAGGUGUCAAGUCCCUGGUGGUCUUACUUGCUCUGGGCAGUGCCACUUGUUCUCAUUGGUUCACUCAGCAUAUAUCACUUUCGUAACUGAACAAGUGAAGUAGUCGCCAUCAAAUGGAGAUUUUGAUUAUUUUCCCUUAAAUCUAUUGUAUAGAUGUGCUUGCUGAACUUUGUCCUUACCCAUAAUCUGGACAUUGUUCAGUAAUAAACAAUACACAUAAUUUGUACAAGUAGCAUG